CUGUGACCUCUGACUCACACUCCGCAGCAGCAGGUGGCGGUAACAACAUCUAAUGCACUGACAACUACCGAUAAAACCCAAACAGAAGAAGUGGAAGGCGGAAAUAAUCUCUAUCAGCUGACGCGUUUUGUUUUGGUCUCCUCCCAGCUAAAGCUAAAGCUAAAGCUCUAGCUGCACUUCAUCUGUUUGGAUUGUUUCUGUGACAGCUAACGCAAAAUGAAGAAGUUUUUCGAUGACAUUAAGAAGGACAUGAAGUUUAAAACUGCGGGACCCGGGAAGAAACUAACAGAAGAAGCCGGCAGUUCCAAGCCCGAGGUGGUGCAGAGCAGCUCCAGUGCCAAGCAGCAUCGCAAUGCUCCCAGUGCCGGAUCCCAGAGGGCCGGAGCCGCAGCCCUGGCCAGGAUCGAACAGCAUCCGCGGCCGAAGGUCCACACCUCUCAGGACGCCAUCAGGAACCAGGUUAGAAGAGAACUGGAGGCGGCUGCACUGGCUGAUAAAGAAAAGGCCGAUGUAGCAGAGGGAUCCAAAGUGCCGGUGAAAGAUCUCGCCUGUCUCUCAGUGUCAGGUGUGUAUUUCACCUGUCCGCUAACUGGAGCCACUUUAACUAGGAGUGAGAGGGAAGUGCACAUUAAAGAGGCCAUAUUAAUGCGGUUUGAGGAGGAUGCUGUCGAGGCCUCUGUUAUGAUGGUCCACACGUUUAACAAAGACAGAGAGAAAGUGAAGGCUGCUGUGGACAUCAUAAGCAAGUAUAUUGAUAAUAUAUGUAAGAAUCCCACAGAGGAGAAAUACAGGAAGAUUAAACUCAGCAACAAGGUGUAUCAGGAGAAAGUGCGUUGUGUGGAGGGCACUAGAGAGUUUCUGGAGGCUCUGGACUUCACAAGCAUUAUGCUUCCUAUAGAGGGUCAAGAGGAGGACGAGGAGUUCCUGGUGUUACUUGUGCAUAGUCCCGAUGCCCUGGAGUUGAUGAAGGAGAGGAGGGAUCGUCUCCAGAGUGGAGAGCCGGUCAGAGCUCAGCUGGACCGACAGCCUCAAGUGUUCAGAUCGUCUCCCAACGCUCAACGCUUCGAGCUGCCGCCAGAGUUCUACAACCUUUCAGCAGAGGAGCUCAAGAAGGAGCAACAGCAGAGGAGUGAGUUGGUGGAGAAGAACGCCAUGCUGCGCACUAAAGUCAUGAGGGAGAAAGAGGAGCAGAGGGAGAGAAGGAAAUACAACUACACUCUGCUCCGGAUCAGACUGCCUGAUGGAAACCUGCUACAAGGGACCUUCUACGCGUGGGACCGGCUGCCUGUGCUGUUUGCGUUUGUUCGUGAAUCCUUGGUGGACGGCUGGCAGCCCUUUGAUCUCAUCGCUCCUGGAAGUCAGAAACUACAAGAGUCUGAAGAAGUCGCUUUGGCAGAGUGUAACUUGGUCCCUGCAGCUCUGCUCACAUUCGCCUGGGAUGCAGCGGUGCAGGCGGAUAUCGCAGCGGCAGGUGGAAAGAGCCCCGCCCUCCUCAAACCAGAGCUGCUGGAAACCAUUCGGACCCUGAGCUGAGCUGAGCCGAGCUGAGACUGUCCCUGCUAUCUCCCCCCUCUGGCACUACUGGGGUUGAGCUGCCCCUUACACAAGACUAGUGAUGCUAAAUGCUAACUUAAGUCUGUAGCAGUGAUAGACCAGGGGCAGCUUCACCCUAAGGCGGCUUGUUUUGCUGAGCAUACCCUUCUCUCUCCAUGUGGGGAUAAAGUCACCCUGCAGCACGUUGUACUGAAGGACGCACUACUAACAGAUGUGAGGAGAAGGCAAAGGGACAUGUGUUGUUUUUGUUGCAUCCUGAGCGUACUACACAUGCUGUGGAGUAAAACAGACGUGUGGCAGCAGUCAGGUGUACUUCAUGUGGCAUGUUGAGAGACCUUGUUUUAACUGUGUCAACACUCCCCUCCCUCCCUAAACGAUCCAUCUUGCUUACACAACAGUUGGAUUAACAGUGUGGCCGUAAGGUCAUGUAGAGAGGCAAAUCAAAGAGCGGUGAAGUAAAUGUGGUCAGAUGCUGUUGUGGACUUGUAUUAUUUGGUAUCAGCAACGAGCUCCUUCCGUUUUAAAAGCUGCUGGGUGUCUGUCUCACUGGCUUUGACUUGAAAUGCUAUUAGUUUUGUUUGGCGGUGCUCGAAUUUGAACAGUGUUUUGUCCGUCAACGUCUGAUUCGGUGUGAUAACGAGUCUGGCUUGCCUGUUUGUCCUCUGCUCUGCAGUGACCUUGCACUCCUUGUUGUACAACAGACUUAUCUGGUUGCUUCGAUAAUUAAAAGUUAAUGUUGCCACUGA